GGAGCACAUGCGGAUACCACAACCACUUGAGAUUCCACAUCAACAACAUUAAAUACGAUGCAGUUUGGAGGUCCAGUUGUGGGAUACUUUGUGAAUGUGAGGUUCAGGCACUGGGCGAGGCGGAAUUAGACUUGAAGCCUUGGCAGAUGAGGAUCGUCUCAUUCGCUGACCCUUUCAAGGUCCGAUGACAUCGUCUGCACGGCUCAGGACCGGUGGCUUUGCUUUCUUACCACCAGUGCCACAAAACUCCUCAUUUGCUUAUCUCUGAAGCCCGAAAUUAUCCUUCUCCCACCUUCUCAUAUAAUACCCUUUUUUUUUUACUGGUUAUAUACGCCUGUUCUGUCCCCAGGCCGAAUGAUCGCAUCCCUUCCGCUCCCCCCUAAUCUCGCGCAUACCAAACCGAAUUCUCGAAUACUAUCCUUCCACGAUGGGCUUGUGCGGGCGUCAGACGGUUGUCCGGCGCAAGAUGGUGCUGCUAGGCGACGGUGCUUGUGGCAAGACUUCGGCCUUGAACGUUUUUACCAGAGGGUUCUUCCCAACAGUAUAUGAACCCACUGUUUUCGAGAACUAUGUCCACGACAUCUUCGUCGACAAUGUACACGUCGAAUUAUCGCUAUGGGAUACAGCCGGCCAGGAGGAAUUUGACCGAUUGCGUGCGCUAUCAUACGAGGACACACAUGUGAUUAUGCUUUGUUUUAGCGUUGAUAGCCCGGAUUCGUUCGAAAACGUCGCAAGUAAAUGGGUCGACGAGAUAUCAGAGAACUGUCCCGGCGUGAAGAUGGUCCUCACGGCGCUCAAGUGUGACUUGAGAAAGGACGAGUACGAGAACCCCAACCCGAACGCAAUUGCAUACGAGCAAGGCCUAGCAAAGGCAAAGGAAAUCGGUGCCGUGAAAUAUUUGGAAUGUUCCGCCGUUCAGAAUCGCGGUAUCAUGGAGACUUUCUACGAAGCAGCUAAGGUUGCUCUUGAAGUGAAAGCCCAAGGGUCGAACGGAUCCAAGGAAGGAUGUGUCAUCCUGUAAACGCGUCGCUCGUUUUGAUUUUCGGCUUCUUUAACGGUUUCAACCACUUGUCCGUAUACCCAUUCGAUUUGUUUCUUGUUGCAUCCUCAGGUGUGUCCAGCACGAGCUCUAAACGCCCAGAGCUUGCUGCAACUGACAUUUUUGACUCUUUAUUACUUCGUCAGCCCUUCAGCCUAUUUGCUUGGCUAUUUUGCUUUUCUUUCUCUUCUAUAUAUAUACUUCUUAUGAAUCCCUUUUUCUAAUCAUGUACGCUUAAUGCCCUGGAGAAGAACAACUAGCCCAGCUUGGAUCGGACGACUCUCGUUACACAUGCUCUGUUCAAUUGGAUCUUUUAGGGUCUGGUAUCUGGUUUCUGGGCUAGAAGAGUAGAAGACAGGGAGGACCGGGUUUGUUUUAUUAUGUUUGCUAGACUUGCGCACUUGUACUAUCUGCCAAUGAUGACUCUAAUUUUGGUUUUCCAGUUCCAAGCUACACAUCUCAUCAUCUAGCUCAUCUAUACAAAUACGUCC